AUAACAAUGAUGCACUAGUAGAAUAAUUUCAUUAUUGCGGUGCAUUGUUGUGUUUAUUUGUUGGCUAAACUUUCAAAAUGUAAAUUCUCGAUAUUUAAUAAUUAAAGUAAACUAAACAACUAACAAAUGGACCAAGGUAUAAACUUGCAAUGCAUCCGAUGCAAAAAAGAAUUUCAAAGAAAACUCCACUUAGAACAACACAUGCGUACUCACACUGGUCAAAAGCCUUAUACUUGUGAACUUUGCCGAAAGCAAUUUUCCAUCAAAUGCAAUCUAAAACAACAUUUAAAAAGACAUCUAAAACCACGUCCGGUAGAAGAAACAUUUCCCUGCAGUUACGAAGGUUGCAAGUUUAGUACGACAAGAAAAGUAACUUUAGUACUACAUGAAUCUGCGCACCGACCCGAGACAAACGUUGCUAAUAUUCCGUCAAAUGACCAGAAAAUAAAGAUUCGCUGGUGUACUAUUUGCGAGAAACAUUUUAAAUACGUAUCUAGUUUUAACCGGCAUAUGACAAGUCACAAAGGUGAAAGAGCGUUUCAAUGUGAUAUUUGCAGUAAAGCAUUCAUCCAAAAAGAUCAUCUAAAAACACACAUGAAAACUCAUCUACGAGAGAAAGCACCGUUUUGCUUUCAGAACACCGAACAGAAUCAGCGUACGUCCUGUGGAGAAAAGAAUGAGAACAGAGAUACCUUUGAAAGACCAUCGACGAGUUCUCAGACAGCAGCAACAAUCGAAAGUGGCGAAAUUGCUUCAGAGGAGAUUAUUUUUACUUGGGAUAAAUGUGAAGAAUUCCUGGAAAAUGUCGACAUCGAUGCGGAGAUAAUGCAAUUGGAAAGAGAUUCACAAGUGGAAUUGUUUGCAGAGUUUGAAACGAAAGAGAAUAACCCGCAAUGUCAAUUCUGUCAACAGAAAUUUAAUGAGGAAGAAUCUCUGAAAGAGCACGAAACGAAAUAUCAUCGAUCUCAAUAAUUCAUUGCGAACAGUUUCUUUUUCGAAAAUAUGAAUUCAAAACCAUAUCGAAAAAUAUAAAUAUUUUUAUAUUUCGUAUGCGGAUUAAAAUUGAAUUUUCGUCAAAAAUGUCUUCAGUAAUUUCACAUAAAUUGAAAACAUAUUUGUAUUUUACACAUAUUUAUUCACUCAUCCAAAGAAAAAGAGCAAAUAAAACAGAGAAAAAAACAAUAAAUAAAUGAAAGUUUGGUACUAUUCGGUUAAGUGGUUGCCAGUCGUUUUUACAACUACAGUAUUUUUAGCUAAAUCGUUUUUGUAUUUUAUAUUUUCAAAUGUAUAUGAAUUAUGA